UGACUGACUGUAGGAGUUCAACACACACGACAGACAGACGCGUCACUGCAGCCCAGGUCUGGGACUGAAGGAGAAAGGGGGGGGUUGGGAGUCAAAACCCUCUCAUCUGCAUCCAAUGCAGUGGAAGUUACAGCCAGAAACGAGAAAGGUGGGAAGAAAAGAACUUCUGACUGACAGACUUAUUUGUUGUAAUUAACGACACCUUAUCAAAAAACCCACAAAUACACUUACGGGGAUUACACGACCUAUACGUCCUGCGGUUGCAGAAACCUUUGCUAUUGUAAUGAAGUGUGUUGACGUGCCACAGUGAAGAGGCCCCCCUUUUUGACAGUUGGUGGACUAAUGGCAGCAGAGUGACAUCAUGGCCCUGAUGAUACCUCCAGUGAAGCUCAAAUGGCUGGAGCACCUGAACGGCUCGUGGAUCACGGACGACAGCGAGUCCAUCUCCACGCGGGAGGGCGUGUCCGUGCUCUACUCCAAGCUGCUCACCAACAAAGAGGUGGUCGUCCUUCCCCAGCAGGUGUUGUGUCUGAAGGGACCCCAGCUGCCGGACUUCGAGCGUGAGUCCCUGUCCAGCGAUGAACAGGAACACUACCUAGACGCCCUCCUCAGCAGCCAGAUGGCGUUGGCCAAGAUGGUGUGUUCCGACUCUCCCUUCGCCUCCGCUCUCCGCAAACGCCUGCUGGUCCUCCAGAGGAUCUUCUUCGCUCUGUCCAACAAGUACCACGACAAGGGCAAAGUCAAGCAGCAGCAGCACUCGCCCGACAACAACUCCGGAUCGUCCGACCUGCACUCUGUCAGCGAGCGGCCGCGGUCCAGCACCGAUGCUCUGAUCGAGAUGGGGGUCCGAACGGGCCUCAGUCUGCUGUUCGCUCUGCUCCGGCAGAGCUGGAUGAUGCCGCCGCCGGGCCCCGGAGGACUCAACCUCUGUAACGACGUCAUCCACACGGCCAUGGACGUGGUCUCCUCCCUGCCGGCCCUCUCCCUGGCCAACGAGAGUAAGAUCCCCCCUAUGGGUCUGGACUGCCUGACCCAGGUCACCGCUUUCCUCAAGGGAGUGACCAUGCCAAACUCCGGGGCGGACGUCUUGGGUCGGAGGCUGGCGUCGGAGCUGUUGCUGGGCCUGGCUGCCCAGAGGGGGUCCCUGAGGUACCUUCUGGAGUGGGUGGAGAUGGCCCUGGUGGCGUCCGCCGUGGUCAGCACCAUGGAGAAGGAGAAGAUGAAGGCGUGUCUGCUGAACCAGGAAGGGCUGAUUGGAUACGACUGCUUCAUGAACAUCCUCAUGCAGAUGAGACGUUCCCUGGGCUCGUCAGCAGACAGGAGUCAGUGGAGGGAACCGACUCGGACAUCAGACGGGUUGUGCUCUUUGUAUGAAGCAGCUCUCUGUCUGUUCGAAGAGGUGUGCAGGAUGGCGUCAGACUACUCCCGUACCUGUGCCAGCCCAGACAGCCUCCAGAGCGGCGAGGCUCCCAUGCUGUCAGAGACGUGUGAGGUGUACGUCUGGGGCAGUAACAGCUCCCACCAGCUGGUGGAGGGAACACAGGAGAAGAUCCUCCAGCCCAAGUUGGCACCCAGCUUCGCCGACGCACAGAUGAUUGAGGCAGGCCAAUAUUGCACCUUCGUCAUCUCUUCUGACGGCUCUGUCAGAGCCUGUGGUAAAGGCAGCUACGGCAGAUUGGGUCUGGGAGACUCCAACAACCAAUCGUCUCUCAAGAAGCUGACCUUUGAACCUCACCGCGGCAUCAAAAAGGUGACGUCUUCGAAGGGGUCGGACGGACACACACUGGCCUUCACCACGGAGGGAGAGGUGUUCAGUUGGGGAGACGGGGACUACGGAAAGUUGGGGCAUGGGAACAGCUCCACACAGAAGUACCCCAAACUCAUCCAGGGACCUCUGCAGGGAAAGGUGGUGGUGUGUGUGUCAGCGGGCUACCGACACAGUGCAGCGGUCAGUGAGGAUGGAGAGCUCUACACGUGGGGUGAAGGAGACUUCGGGAGAUUAGGUCACGGAGACAGCAACAGCAGAAACAUUCCUACUCUGGUCAAAGACAUCAGCAACGUAGGAGAGGUGUCUUGUGGGAGUUCUCACACCAUAGCUUUGUCAAAAGAUGGCCGCACCGUGUGGUCCUUCGGAGGGGGAGACAAUGGGAAACUGGGGCAUGGAGAUACAAACCGUGUCUAUAAACCCAAAGUAGUGGAGGCCUUGCAGGGGAUGUUCAUAAGGAACGUGUGUGCUGGAAGCCAGUCCUCCCUGGCCCUGACCUCCACUGGACAGGUGUAUGCCUGGGUCAACUUGAUGUCUAUUUUUCCUCUCAUCUCUCUGUCUCUCCUCCACCUAGACAAUGAGGUGUAUGCUUGGGGUAACAACUCCAUGGGUCAGUGUGGCCAGGGUAACUCUACUGGUCCCAUCACCAAGCCGAAGAAGGUGGUUGGUCUGGACGGUGUGGUCAUCCAACAGAUCUCAGCUGGUACCUCCCACAGCCUGGCAUGGACCGCUCUGCCCAGGGACAGACAGGUGGUAGCGUGGCACAGACCCUAUUGUGUGGACCUGGAAGAAAGCACCUUCUCUCACCUGCGUUCCUUCCUAGAGCGCUACUGUGACGGCAUCAACAGCGAGGUGCCACCCCUCCCCUUCCCCUCCUCCUGGGAGCAUCACAACUUCCUGAAACUCUGCCUUCGACUGCUGUCCAAUCACCUGGCUUUGGCUCUGGCCGGGGGAGUGGCCACCAGUAUCCUAGGGCGACAGGCCCGCCCCCUCCGGAACCUUCUCUUCAGACUGAUGGAUUCCUCUGUUCCUGAUGAGAUCCAAGAGGCUGUGAUUGAGACUCUGUCUGUGGGGGCCACUAUGCUGUUACCUCCUCUGAGAGAGAGGAUGGAGCUUCUCCACUCCCUGCUGCCCCAGGGACCUGACAGAUGGGAGAGUCUGUCUAAAGGACAGAGGAUGCAACUGGACAUCAUUCUGACUUCGCUCCAGGACCACACCCACGUAGCAUCCCUCUUGGGGUUCAGCUGUCCCCCCGAGGCCCCCGAGGCCCUGGCCUCCUCCUGCGGCCUGGACCCCUCCUACGGAGCCCCCGGCACCAACCCUGACACACACCUGGCUGAGAUCCUAAUGAAGACCCUGCUCAGGAACCUGGGCUUCUACACGGACCAAGCGUUUGGGGAACUAGAGAAGAACAGUGACAAGCUGCUCCAGGGAACGUCUUCCUCAGACAGCAGUCAGCCGGCCCAUCUCCACGAGCUGCUCUGUUCCCUACAAAAACAACUGCUGGCAUACUGCCACAUCAACUGUGUUACUGAGAACUCCAGCAGUGUGGCUCUGCUCCAUAAGCACCUCCAGCUGCUGCUGCCCCACGCUACAGACAUCUUCUCCCGCUCUGCCACCCUGCUGCAGGAGAGCUCCUGGAAUGGCAGCAUCAGAGGGAAACUACGAGAUGUGAUCUACGUGUCUGCAGCAGGCAGUAUGCUGUGUCAGAUCGUCAACAGUCUACUACUACUACCAGUGUCUGUAGCCAGACCUCUGCUGAGCUACCUGCUAGACCUGCUGCCUCCUCUAGACUGUCUCAACAGACUGCUGCCUGCUGCCACACCGUUGGAAGACCAGGAGCUGCAGUGGCCUCUACAUGGAGCCCCAGACUUUGUGGACCCUGCAGGGCAGCCCCUGUCCCAGCCGGCCCAGUCCUGGGUGUGGCUGGUGGAUCUGGAGCGUACUGCCGGCCUGCUGGUGGGCCGCUGCCUGGGGGGCAUGCUGCAGGGAGCACCCCCCUCUCUAGAGGAACAGGAUACAGGCUACUGGCUGAAAACCCCCCUGUUCAGCAACGGGCUGGAGAUGGACAUCCCUCAACUAGAUAACUGCAUCAGCUGGCUGUUAGAGGAGGCCCUCUCAGGUAACGAGGAGCAGAAACCAGUUGACUGUCCUCUGAGAGCAGACAUGAGCGUCCUGGUGGAGCUGGCCCUGGGCUCCACUAAGGAACCCACCAACAGUCUCUGGAGCAACAUGCAGGACUACGCCACCAGCAAAGACUGGGACAACGCCUCUCUCUGUAAUGAGAUCUUAUUGGACACCGUGUCCAGGUUUGUCCUGGCUGCUCUGCUGAAGCACACCGGCCUGCUGGGCCAAGCCUGUGGAGAGGGCAGGUACCAGCCUUGUAAGAUGCUGGCUGAGGUCUACCGUUGCGUCUACAAGGUCAGGAACCGCCUGCUGGCCUGCAAGAACAUGAACGUCGUCCAGACACGCUCGUCUUCCCGCGAGAGGAGGAUUUCAGACAAUCAGGACUCGCUGGAGAUGGACCCCCAGGAGCACUCGUUCACGAGGACCAUCGACGAGGAGGCGGAGCUAGAAGAGAGGACGGACCGAGAAAGGGAGGAUGUGAAUCAGGAGCAGGAUGAGGAAGAGGAGGAGAGAGAGCACGAAGUCAUGACCGCUGGGAAAAUCUUUCAAUGUUUCCUCUCAGCGCGGGAGGCGGCGAGGAGCCGAGAGAGGGAGAGGGCCAGCAGCAGCGCCGGGGGAGGCCUGACCUCAGGAGGAACCAGAGGAGGAGGGGGAGGGGAGGCGGAGGCCUCGACAUCCCAGGAGGAGCAUCAUGGGAGAGAUGGCUGUACGGGGCUGCCUGAGGGACAGGACCUGUACACAGCCGCCUGUAACUCUGUGGUCCACCGCUGUGCUCUGCUGGUGCUGGGGGUCAGCCCGGUACUGGGGGAACUGGGGAAGGAGCAGGAUGACGGACACGGCAGCUUCCAGUCAGCCGGACAGCAGGACGGGACGGGCUUCAUGACCAGGAGUGAGAGUCUGAGUACAGAGACCUGUUCGGUCCAGUCCAGUCCCAACUACAGGCUGAUGAAGUCCAGGAGCGAAUCAAAUCUGUCCCUGUCUGAUGAGGAGGGAUGCACUCUGAGUGGCAGGAGAAACGUGGAUCUGGACCUGACAUUUUCUCAGAAAAAGAGAGGUCUACUCCACAGUUCUCCCGACUCCCUGGCUGACUCAUGGUUCAGGGUGAAACACAGUAGGGACCAGCUGUACGGUUCUCCCCUCUACCAAUCCUAUGAGGAGUCGGACCUUGACCUGAGCCGCUCGCUGGGGGUUCACGCCCUCAUAGAGAACAUCGUCAGCUUCAUCAGUGGAGACGUGGGAAACACCCCCGCCUUCAAAGAGCCUGAGGAGAGCAUGUCUACUAGUCCACAAGGAACCAUGCUGGCUAUGGAGCAACAACAGAACAGAGCUGAGCUGCGUCUGGAGGCUCUACACCAGAUCGUGGUGCUGAUCUCUGGGAUGGAGGAGAAGAGUAGCCAGGCUGCAGGAGGUGGGGGGAGCGGACCAGGAGGUCGACCCAGCCCCAGCGUCGCCUUCCAGUCCUCCUCCCUCCUGACCUCCGUCAGGUUACAGUUCCUGGCUGGAUGUUUCGGUCUAGGGACCGUGGGCACCGGGGGACUGAAGGGAAAGAAUGUCCAGCUACACCACUACCAGGACGGUGUUAACGCAGCCAAGCGGAGCCUGCAGAUGGACAUCCAGACAGCCGUACAUAAGAUCUACCAGCAGCUGUCUGUCACGCUGGAGAGAGCCCUGCAGGCCAACAAACAUCACAUAGAGGCCCAGCAGCGCCUCCUGCUGGUGACAGUGUUUGCCCUGAGCGUGCGUUACCAGUCUGUGGACGUGUCCCUGGCCAUAUCCAGUGGCCUCCUCAAUGUGCUGUCACAGCUGUGUGGCACAGAAACCCUGCUGGGACAACCACUCCAGCUGCUACAGAAACCAGGGGUGUCUCAGCUCAGCACUGCCCUGAAGGUAGCCUCCACACGACUACUGCAGAUACUGGCCAUCAGCACCGGGACGUAUGCAGACAAGCUAGGACCCAAGGUGGUCCAGUCCCUGUUGGACUUGCUGUGUAGCCAGCUGAAGAACCUUCUGUCCCAGGCAGGAGUCAGCCUGCUCACUGCCGACCCAGGGAAGAACCAGGAGAACCAGGACAAGAAGUCCGAGGAUGGAGCCGACCCAGAGAAGACAGACUUCAGAGCGUUGGUGCGUAAGCAGCACACAGCAGAGCUUCACCUGGGAGACUUCCUGGUGUUCCUGAGGCGAGUCGUCUCCUCCAAGGCCAUCCAAUCCAAGAUGUCUUCUCCAAAGUGGACAGAGGUGCUGCUCAACAUCGCUGCACAGAAAUGCUGCUCAGGAGUCCCUCUGGUGGGUAACCUGAGAACUCGUCUCCUGGCCCUUCAUGUUCUGGAGGCUGUGCUGCCUGCCUGCGAGGCCAGUGUAGAGAACGACCAGAUGACACAGGUGGUGGAGCGUCUCUUCUCCCUGCUGGCUGACUGUAUGUGGGAAGCUCCCAUCGCCCAGGCCAAGCACACCAUCCAGAUGAAGGAGAAAGAGCAGGAGUUGAAACUACAGGGCGAGGAGGAGGAUGAGAACCUUCCCAUCCAGGAGGUGUCGUUUGACCCGGAGAAGACUCAGUGUUGUGUGGUGGAGAAUGGCCAGGGUCUGACCCACGGCAGCGGGGGGAAGGGAUAUGGACUGGCCUCUACCGGCAUCUCCUCUGGGUGCUACCAGUGGAAGUUCUACAUUGUGAAGGAGAACCGUGGGAACGAGGGGACGUGCGUCGGGGUGUCCCGUUGGCCUGUCCAUGACUUCAACCACCGCACCACGUCAGACAUGUGGCUGUACCGGGCCUACAGCGGCAACCUGUACCACAACGGAGAGCAGACCCUCACCCUCUCCUCCUUCACCCAGGGAGACUACAUCACCUGUGUGUUGGACAUGGAGGCACGCACCAUCUCCUUCGGGAAGAACGGAGAGGAGCCCAAGUUAGCCUUCGAGGAUGUGGACGCCACAGAGCUCUACCCCUGUGUCAUGUUCUACAGCAGUAACCCUGGAGAGAAGGUGAAGAUCUGUGAUAUGCAGAUGCGGGGUACCCCUCGUGACCUCCUGCCCGGUGAUCCUAUCUGCAGCCCUGUGGCCACAGUCCUGGCUGAGGCCACCACACAGCUCAUCAGGAUCCUGCACCGCACCGACCACUGGACACACUGCAUCAACAAGAUCAUGAUGGAGAGGCUACACAAAAUCAAACCCUGCUUCAGAGACUCAGCCAACGGUACUGGAGGAGGAGGUCAGAGGUUAAAGAAGAGUCGUUCGGUGCAGAGCAGAGAGGAGCAUGAUGCCCAGAGGGACUCGUCCAGGGACCCCCAGAGAGGGGAGGAGGAGAGGGGCCGGCCGGGACACGGGAGCCGCCAUGGGCAUGGAGGUCUGGGGGAACUCUCUGACCACCACCUCAGGACCCUCUGUACAGAGGUGUGGCCUGUGCUGGCGGUGAUGGGGGGUGCUGACGCAGGGCUGCGUGUUGGGGGGCGCUGUGUUCACAAACAGACCGGUCGGCAUGCUACUCUCCUGGGCGUGGUGAAGGAGGGGAGCACCUCAGCCAAGGUGCAGUGGGACGAGGCUGAGAUCACCAUCAGCUUCCCAACUUUCUGGUCGCCUAGUGACACUCCCCUGUACAACCUGGAGCCCUGCGAGCCGCUGCCUUUCGACGUGGCACGCUUCCGAGGCCUCACCGCUUCCCUGCUCCUCGACCUCACCUAUCUCACCUCCAUCCACGAGGACGCUGGGAAGCUGAGCGCCCGGCGCCACGAGAAGAGGCACCGUAGCAACGGAGGCCACGAUACGAUGACGGCGACGACCGCCACGACAAACGACGACUUCAACAACAAAACUAGUGAGACGGAGCAGAGCCACCAAUGCAGGGUCUCCCCAGACCCCAAAGACACUACAACAACAACGGGGACCGUCACCACGACGACAACCUCUGAUCUGAGAGUGUCACACAGUCUGGACGAGGUCAAAGCCCACGCGGUGCCCAACUCGAAAUCAGAGAGCGAGAUCUCCUCCUGCGCCUUGGACUCCCAACACCAGGGUGGAGGAGGACCAGAGACCCUCUCCCCUGCUCCUCAGACACCCCAGGAGGGCAACAGGAGGAAGGGCCAUGAGGGCCGAGGCCACGAUGGCUCUCCCUCCUCAGGGGCCAGUCAGUCUGAGAUCCAUGCGGUGCAGCUGUCCUACCUCUACCUGGGGGCCAUGAAGGCCCUCAGCACCCUGCUCUCCUGCUCCAAGUAUGUUGAGCUGCUGCUCAUACCCAAGGUCCAGGCUCAGCCGGAGCCUGCUCCCAGUGGACACAAUGCAGACCUGAACGCCGGGUCCACCCCGAGUGGCGCAGCGCCCUCGCCCGCGUGCCAGGAGGAAGUUGAGAUGAGGGCGGCACUGCAGUUCCUGAUGCGUCACAUGGUCAAGCGGGCCGUGAUGAGGUCACCCAUCAAGCGGGCGUUAGGAUUGGCCGAUUUGGAGAGAGCUCAGGCCAUGAUCUAUAAAUUGGUGGUCAGUGGGCUGCUGGACGAACACUGCAGUAGGGGAAAGUCCAGACCUGCUGACCCAGAGUGUGAGGAGGGUGGGCAGGGAGAGCAGCAGGCCCAGACCCCCAUCACCACCAGCCCCUCUGCCUCCAGCACCACCUCCUUCAUGAGCUCCUCUCUGGAGGACACGACCACAGCCACUACACCUGUUACAGACACAGAGACUGUCCCUGCCUCAGAGUCCCCUGGGGUCAUGCCUCUUAGCCUGCUCAGGCAAAUGUUCUCAAGCUACCCAACCACCACUCUGCUGCCAACGCGUCGUGCCCAGACGCCCCCGGUGUCUUCUCUCCCCACGUCUCCCUCUGAUGAGGUGGGCCGGAGACAGAGUCUGUCCUCCCCUGAAACCCAGACCUCCAGACCAGCCAACAGGACCGGGACAUCCCUGUCGGACCCCAGCAGCAGACUGUCCACCUCCCCUCCGCCCCCGGCCAUCGCGGUGCCCCUCCUGGAGAUGGGCUUCUCUCUGAGGCAGAUCACCAAGGCUCUGGAGGCUACAGGGACAGGUACUCGUGGCGAGGCCGAUGCCCAGAACAUCACGGUACUGGCUAUGUGGAUGAUAGAACACCCCGGAACAGAGGAGGACGAGGAUGAGAGCCACUCUAGAGGACAGGGGUCAGACAGCUCCUCGUGCCCAGGGGCCACAGCCUCGGGAGGGGGUAAGAGUCUGGAGAGGAGCUACCUACACUCCCCUGGAGAUAUGCCCAACGCUGACUCUGCAGACAUGGAGGAGGGCUUCAGUGAGAGUCCAGAGGGGCUGGACCAGGACAGUGCCUCUGCCUCCGCUGGUCCAACCCCUAGAGGGCGCUCUGCUGUCAGCAGGAAACACCGCUUUGACCUGGCUGCUAGGACACUGCUGGCCCGCGCUGCUGGUCUGUACCGCUCGGUGCAGGCCCAUCACAGCCAGGCUCGUAGAGAGGGCAGUGCCCUACAGCAGGACACUGGACCUCUGUAUGACUUUAACCUCGACGAGGAGCUGGAGCUGGAGCUGGACGAGGAGACCAUGGAGGCCAUGUUCGGUCAGGACCUGGCCAGCGACACUGACAUCCUGGGCAUGUGGAUCCCAGAGGUACUGGACUGGCCAACAUGGCAUGUGUGUGAGACAGAGGAACGAGACGAGGUGGUAGUGUGUGAGUUGUGUGAGGCUAGCGUUGCCAACUUCAACCAGCACAUGAAGAAGAGCCACCCUGGCUGCGGGCGCAGUGCCAACCGGCAGGGUUACCGGAGCAACGGCUCCUACGUAGACGGAUGGUUCGGAGGGGAGUGCGGCAGCGGCAACCCCUACUACCUCCUCUGUGGUAGCUGUCGGGACAAACACCUGGCGGUUAAGAGUAAAACCACAGUCCCCGUGACGGAGAGGUAUAAAGGACUGGCCCCGGACCUCUUGGGGAAGCAGGACAGUGUCUAUGAAGAGGAAUGGGACAUGCUGGAUGUUGAUGAGGAUGAGAGGUUAACUGGGGACGAGGAGUUUGAGCUGCUGGCGGGACCGUUGGGUCUGAGCGAGCGCCGGGUCGUCCCAGAGGCCGUCCAGUUCCCCGACAGUGACCCCCUGGGAGCGUCCGUAGCCAUGGUGACCGCCACCAACAGCAUGGAGGAGACUCUGCUGCAGAUAGGCUGCCAGGGCGCGGUGGAGAACAGCUCCUCGGGCAGGGUGACUCUGGGGGAGCAGGCCGCAGCGCUGGAGAACCCCCACGACAGGGUCAUGGCUCUGAGGAGAGUGACCUCUGCAGCGCAGGUCCUCCUGGCCAGGACCAUGGUGAUGAGAGCCCUGUCUCUACUCUCUGUCAGUGGUUCUAGCUGCAGCCUGGCAGCAGGGUUGGAGUCUCUGGGUCUGACAGACAUCAGGACCCUGGUCAGACUGAUGUGUCUGGCUGCAGCGGGGCGAGCCGGCCUCUCCACCAGCCCCACAUCUGGAUCAGGGGCCUCAGAGCGGCCCCGGGGGGCAACCAAGGCCAGCAAACCUAUCUCCUGUCUGGCCUAUCUCAGUACGGCUGUGGGUUGUCUGGCCUCCAACAGUCCCAACGCUGCCAAGCUGCUGGUCCAGCUCUGCACACAGAACCUGAUCUCGGCGGCAACGGGGAUGAACCUGACCACGGUAGACGACCCCGUCCAGAGGAAGUUCCUCCCCAGCUUCCUGAGGGGCGUGGCCGAGGAGAACAAGCUUGUGACGUCACCCAAUUUCGUGGUCACCCAGGCCCUCGUGGCCCUACUCGCUGAUAAAGGGGCCCGGCUCAGACCCAACUAUGACAAGGCUGACGCGGAGAAGAGAGGACCUCUGGAGCUGGCCAACGCGCUGGCUGCUUGCUGCCUGUCUUCUCGUCUGUCCUCGGGACACCGGCAGUGGGCCGCUCAGCAGCUGGUCCGCACGCUGGCCGCUCACGACAGAGACAACCAGAGCCGGCCGCAAACCUUUGCCGACAUGGCGGGUGACCUGCGCAAGUGCUCUUCUGUGAAGUUGGAGGCUCACCAGAGCAGGGUGAUCACGUGUGGUUGGUGCAGUAGGAAAGGCCUGCUGGCCACCAGCGGUAACGACGGAACAGUCCGGGUGUGGAACGUUACUCAGAACCAGUACACCCUCCAACUGACCUGCGUCUUCAACAGGACUGCUGGUUCUCCAGAGGAGGGUGGGCAGUGUCUUGGUUCCCCAGGGGACCCCAGUCUGUCUCCUCUGGUCUGGAGCGUUACGGGGAAAUACCUGGCAGCUGCCAUGGAGAAACUAGUCAACAUCUGGCAGGUCACCGGUGGUAAAGGUCUUCUGGACGUGCAGCCCCACUGGGUGUCAGCUCUGGCCUGGCCGGAGGGAGAAGCCGUGUCCCUGUGGUGCGGGGAACCCAAAGAUGUGUUGCUGGUAGGACGUAUGGAUGGAUCCCUGGGCCUUAUAGAGGUCCACGAUGCCUGCACCAUGCGGCGCACCGAGCUGGAGCACUGCUACCGGAAAGAUGUGUCAGUGAUCCACAUCGCCUGGUACAGUGAGGACAGGCCGUUCGCCGUGGGCUACGCUGACGGCAAGCUGCUGAUUGGCACCAAAGAGCCUCUGGAGAAAGGAGCGGUCGUGGUCAUUGAUGCCCAUAAGGAGUCCAUCACCAGUAUAAAGUGGGAUCCUACUGGUCAGAUACUGUUGACCUGUGCCAAAGAGGACGUGGUGAAGCUAUGGUCCAGCCCUGGGUCAGGGUCAAACCCCGGAGCAGGCUGGAAGUGUCUGCAGAGCCUACCCCACCCUGCCCAGGUCAAUGGAGUGGCCUGGUGUGGUCUGACUGGACACGGAGCCAAACCUCUCAACAUGCUGGCCACGUGUUGCCAAAACGGACUGGUGUCAGUCUGGACCGUACCUCAAGACGCCUCUGCCUUCCCAGAAUCCUCCUCUUCUGGCUCCGAGGCCCGGAGGGACAACGAACCCAAAGCCAAACGCAAGCAGCAGCAGAGUUCCAGCAGGCGUGUGGAGGGGGCGGUGUGUGUGUUCCAGCUGAAGGGUCAUAUCACCCCAGUGAGGACAGUAGUCUUCAGCCCUGACGGCCUGGCCCUGGUGUCUGGAGGCGUGGGAGGCCUCAUGAACAUCUGGUCCUUACGGGACGGCUCAGUGCUCCAGACAGUAAUAGCCGGGUCAGGAGCCAUCCAGAACAUAGUCUGGAUCCCAGAUGUGGGCGUGGCCGUCUGCUCCAACAGGUCAAAGGAUGUGUUGGUGGUGAACUGCUCGACAGACUUCAUGUCCUCUCACCAGGUGCUAGCCACCUGCCGGACGGCGCUGAAGAAACAGGGGGUUGUGGGAUUGAACAUGGCUCCCUGCAUGAGAGCCUUCCUGGAGAGGCUGCCUGUUAUGCUGCAGGAGCAGUACUCAUACGAGAAGCCCCACGUCGUGUGUGGAGAACAGCUAGUCCACAGCCCCUACAUGCAGUGCCUGGCCUCCUUGGCCGUGGGGUUACACCUGGAUCAGCUCCUAUGUUCCCCUCCCGUCCCCCCCCACCUCCGCCUCUGUCCCCUGGAGCCAGCCACCUGUACCUGGUCACCCGGCGAGUGGGCGUGGCUAGACUGCUUCUCCACCACGGUGAAGGCAGCGGAGGCCCUGGCUCGGGGCAACACGUUCCCAGAGGCCUUUGCUGUUCCCGACCUGGAGCCUGUACCCAAGGAGGAGAUGGUCCUUCUCAUGGACAACAGUACAUGGGGUUCUGGUAUGGAUGAACAGAUCAUGUCGUGGGCCACCUCCAGACCUGAGGACUGGCACCUGGGAGGGAAGUGUGAUGUGUUUCUGUGGGGAGCUGGUCGACACGGACAGCUGGCAGAAGCUGGCAGAAACAUCCUGGUGCCGACCAACGCACCCUCCUUCUCACAGGCACAACAGGUGGUGUGUGGUCAGAACUGUACGUUUGUGAUUCAGGCUAACGGGACAGUGUUAGCCUGUGGGGAGGGCAGCUACGGCAGACUGGGUCAGGGCAACUCUGAUGAUCUGCAUGUCCUCACCGUCAUCUCAGCCCUGCAAGGCUUUGUGGUGACCCAGUUGGUGACGUCGUGUGGCAGCGACGGUCACUCCAUGGCGCUGACAGAGAGCGGCGAGGUGUUCAGCUGGGGAGACGGAGACUACGGGAAGCUGGGACACGGGAACAGUGACCGCCAGAGACGACCGCGACAGAUCGAAGCCCUGCAGGGAGAGGAGGUGGUGCAGAUGUCCUGCGGGUUCAAGCACUCCGCGGUGGUGACCGCUGAUGGGAGGCUGUUCUCCUUUGGGAACGGGGACUAUGGCAGGCUUGGGCUGGGAAACACCUCCAACAAGAAGCUCCCUGAGAAGGUCACUGCGUUGGAGGGGUACCAGGUCGGACAGGUGGCGUGUGGUCUGAAUCACACCGUAGCCGUCUCUGCUGAUGGAAUGAUGGUCUGGGCCUUCGGAGACGGAGACUACGGGAAACUGGGCCUGGGGAAUUCUACCGCCAAGUCCUCACCUCAGAAGGUGGACGUUCUCUGUGGCCUCGGCAUCAAGAAGGUGUCCUGUGGAACUCAGUUCUCUGUUGCCCUCACCAAAGAUGGCAACGUGUACACGUUCGGACAAGACCGACUCAUAGGGCUGCCCGAGGGCCGGGCCAGGAACCACAACCGUCCCCAGGUGGUACCAGCUCUGUCUGACGUGUUUAUACAGGAUGUGGCUGUGGGGGCCGAACACACACUGGUCCUGUCCUCCACCGGAGAGGUCUAUACCUGGGGCAGCAACUCAGAGGGUCAGUUGGGUCUGGGCCACACCAACCAUGUGAGAGAGCCCACCCUGGUGACAUCACUACAGGGGAAGGACAUUCACCAGGUCUCUGCUGGUCGCUGUCACUCUGCUGCCUGGACCGCUCCGUCUGUCCCUCCCCGGGCUCCGGGUUCCUCCGUACCCCUCCAGCUAGGCCUGCCGUCAGCGGUGCCCCCCCAGUUCAGCUCUCUGAGAGAGGUCAGCAUGGAGGCAGUCCGGGCCAGACUACGUGUUCUUUACCACUUCUCUGACCUCAUGUACUCAUCAUGGAGAUUACUCAACCUCAGCCCCAACAACCAGAGCUGUACGUCCCACUACAACACAGGGACGUGGGGCAUCGUCCAGGGCCAGUUGAGGCCCCUGCUGGCCCCCAGAGUCUAUACUCUCCCCAUGGUGAGGUCCAUAGGGAAGACUAUGGUGCAAGGAAAGAACUAUGGACCUCAGAUCACUGUCAAAAGGAUCUCCACACGGGGUCGUAAGUGUAAGCCCAUCUUUGUGCAGAUAGCCCGUCAGGUGGUCAAGCUGAAUGCGUCUGACCUGCGACUGCCGUCCAGGGCCUGGAAGGUCAAGCUGGUGGGGGAGGGGGCCGACGAUGCUGGAGGGGUGUUUGAUGACACCAUCACUGAGAUGUGUCAGGAGUUGGAGACGGGAGUAGUGGAUCUCCAUCCCUCCCCCAACGCCACAGCUGAGGUGGGCUACAACAGAGACAGGUUCCUGCUGAGCCCGUCAUCCUGUCUGGAUGAGCAGCUCCUCCAGUUGAAGUUCCUGGGCAUCCUGAUGGGGGUGGCUAUCCGGACCAAGAAGCCCCUGGACCUGCACCUUGCCCCCAUGGUGUGGAAGCAGCUGUGUUGUAUUCCCCUGGUCCUGGAGGAUCUAGAGGAGGUGGACCUGCUCUACGUUCAGACACUCAACAGCAUUCUUCACAUUGAAGACAGCGGCAUCACAGAGGAUAAUUUCCAUGAGAUGAUUCCUCUGGAUUCGUUCGUGGGUCAGAGUGCGGACGGUAAGAUGGUUCCUAUUAUCCCCGGGGGAAACAGCAUCCCUCUGACCUUCUCCAACAGGAAGGAGUAUGUAGCCCGGGCCAUCGAGUACCGCCUGCACGAGAUAGACAGACAGGUGGCGGUGGUGCGUGAGGGCAUGUCCUGGAUCGUCCCUGUCCCUCUCCUCUCCCUCCUCACAGCCAAACAACUGGAACAGAUGGUUUGUGGGAUGCCAGAGAUCAGUGUGGACGUGCUGAAGAAGGUAGUGAGGUACCGUGAGGUAGAAGAGCAUCACACUCAGGUCCAGUGGUUCUGGCAGACCCUAGAGGACUUCUCCAACGAGGAGAGGGUUCUGUUUAUGCGCUUCGUCUCGGGACGGUCCAGGCUGCCCGCCAACACAGCUGACAUCUCCCAGAGGUUCCAGAUCAUGAAGGUGGACAGGCCCUAUGACAGCCUGCCGACCUCCCAGACCUGUUUCUUCCAGCUGCGCCUGCCUCCUUACUCCAGCCAGACGGUGAUGGCAGAGAGACUCCGCUACGCCAUCAACAACUGUCGCUCCAUCGACAUGGACAACUACAUGUUGUCACGCAACGUAGACAACGCAGAGGGCUCGGACACGGACUACUGACCAACCACAGUCUGCCCACACACACACACACACACACACACACACGCAACGUAGACAACGCAGAGGGCUCGGACACGGACUACUGACCAACCACAGUCUGCCCAGACCAGAUAUGCACCCUCACCACACACACACACACACACACGCACACACAACGUAGACAACGCCGAGGGCUCAGACACGGACUACUGACCAACCACAGUCUGGCCACACACACACACAACGAGACCCAGGAAAGACCGGGCCUGGAUGGAAUAUAGACUGUCCCUCUCCUCUCACAGACCCUCACCACACACACACACACAACGAGACCCAGGAAAGACCGGGCCUGGAUGGAAUAUAGACUGUCCUCUCCUCUCACAGACCCUCACCACACACACACACACACACACACAACGAGACCCAGGAAAGACCGGGCCUGGAUGGAAUAUAGACUGUCCUCUCCUCUCACAGACCCUCACCACACACACACACACACAACGAGACCCAGGAAAGACCGGGCCUGGAUGGAAUAUAGACUGUCCUCUCCUCUCACAGACCCUCACCACACACACACACACACAACGAGACCCAGGAAAGACCGGGCCUGGAUGGAAUAUAGACUGUCCUCUCCUCUCACAGACCCUCACCACACACACACACACACAACGAGACCCAGGAAAGACCGGGCCUGGAUGGAAUAUAGACUGUCCUCUCACAGACCCUCACCACACACACACACACACACACACAACGAGACCCAGGAAAGACCGGGCCUGGAUGGAAUAUAGACUGUCCUCUCACAGAGCGGCACACAGCAGAAACCCAGAAGCAUCUUCUUCGUUGCCCGUUAUCAACGUACAGUAGGAAGUCACAGAGCAGCAACAACAGAGUGUUCAUUUACCUGUACGGGAAAAGGCCCGGCUCACUUAUUCCAUGCUUCUCUACCACUCUCAACACAUAAGAGAUAAUGGGUGGAUUUGAUUCAAUGUUUUUAUUUUUCACCGAAUGUUUUUUUUUUUUUUUUUUUUAAAGCAAAUUUUAAAAAACCAGAAGCAGUUCAUUGAGUACUAUUAUUAUUAGUAUUUUGGUUGUAAUUUUCAUCGCUUCAUUUCUUUCAAGGUUUUUUUUUUAGCAUGGAGGUGUGUUUAUUUAGUCUUUGGGAAAAUGUGUAUAAGAGUAUUCAUUCACCCCAAGUGAAGAAGAAAAUAAAAAAAAUGAUGUUGUACAAUUGUGUAUAAUGUUUCAGUAGGAAAAUGUUUUACAUAAAUAUCCAUAUUUAUUUUUGUUUUCAUUUUUUUAAAUUGCCAAUGCUGGGUUUCCUAAAGCAGGAACAAACACAAAAAAAAACUCAAUAAAAUGCUUCAGAACGGA